AUGUCGGAGGGAUCUUACCAACGCCUCUGGGACUCUUCCCACAUGACCUUGCAAGAGCUACUGGACCAAGAGCAGCCCAUGCUCCAACCCGUGCCCACCCGGGAGUGGCAGUCCUUCCAGUACAGGCUCUCAUCGCUCUACCUGUACUACCUGGGGCUGCUGCGCGGGUUCGACAUUCUCUAUGACCAGAUGGUGCAGCCGCAGAAGCGGCGGCUGCUGCGGCGCCUGCUGGACAGCGUGGCGGGCCGCGUGCUGGAGCUCAAGGAUGAGAUGGUGCGGGUAGACAUGUGCGAGUGGCACUGCCUGGACCACGUGCUGCGGGACCUCGGGCUCACCCCGGCUGACCUGGAGGUUCCAAUCCCCAAAUAUUUCCUGCUGGAGCAGUCCAGCAUUCUGCAGGAGCGAGAGCUGAUGCUGGCAGAAAUCCUAUCCAGAAUGGAGCCAGUGGCCUUCCAGGAGGCAAUAAUGAGUCGGACUGAGGCCAUAAUCCUGCUGCAAACGGCCGAGCGGGCCAGACAAGGCAGACUCCGAGCCGCCUUCAUUCGAGAGAUUCGAAGGAGGACAGCUAUCACCAUUCAGAAGGUGUGGAAAGGUUACCUACAGAGGAAACACACUCAGUAUGACCGGCAAACAGAGAUGGAAUUCAUCGGCAUGAUCCCCUUGCCCGACACAGUGGAGCACGUGUCCGUAGCCAACCUCAGGAAUGAUGUCAGGAGAUCCCGCCAGACAGAGAAAGAGGAGGAGUUCCAGAUGGCCAUUGCGAAGACCCACGAUGCCCUCAGAGAGACCGAGGGGCCCGAUAUCAAGGAGAAAAUGAAGGAGCAGAUCCGACAGUGGUUUAUCGAGUGCCAUGCCCUUACUGGCCGAUUCCCUAAUUAUCCAGACGAGUCUUUAGGUGGAUCCAACCAGAUCUUCUCAGACAAGACUCCAGAACAGGUGAAAAUGGAACUGGAGAAUCCGGUCCAGGAGAGCACUAAAAAAGAAGACAAAAAUAAAGAAAAAGAAAAGGAGAAGAAGAAAGCGAAGGAAGACAAGACCAAGAAGGGUGAAGCAGAUACAAUGCUGAAAGCAUUGCCAUCCAAAUUUAUACCCCUGAUCAAUGCCGGACACGAGGAGUAUAAAAAUGUGUGGAAGAACCGGCCUGACCACCUAUACCCUGAUCAGAGUUUUGACCCCAAGGCCCUCCGGGCGGAGAAGAGGAAGGAACUGGAGCAGGAGAUCCGGAAACAGGUGGAUGAGCUGAUGCGUCAAGAGCUGAAGAACCUGCGCCUGGCUGUGGACCGGGAGGAGGAGAGACCCUUCAAGGCUCCGAAGAAAGCUGGGAAGAAGAAAAAGAAGAAGGAAAAAGAUCUGACCCCGAACAGGUCCCUGGCCUCUCUGUUUGAAGAGCUUGUUGUCUUUGGCCUUCUAAAGAAGUGCAAGGCAGUGUUAUUGAAGGACUUCGUUGGUGACUACCUCUAUCUUGGAUCCACUCUGAGUCUGGCCCACAAGUUGCCCAUGCCUUCCCUAUUUGACGUUCGACAGAAUAUGGCCUUGUACGGGGUCCUUCGGCUUGGCUCCCCUGAUAUACACUCCAUGGCUCCCCUCAUCCGCUCCAUCCUCCUGGUGGGCCCCUCCGGUGUGGGGAAGAAGAUGCUGGUCAAUGCCGUGUGCACAGAAACUGGUGCCAACCUGUUCGACCUGUCACCUGCCAACCUGCAGGGCAAAUAUCCUGGCAAGGCCGGGGUGCAGAUGCUAGUGCACAUUGUCUUUAAGGUGGCUCGACUCCUACAGCCCUCAGUGAUCUGGAUUGGAAAUGCCGAGAAGAAUUUCUAUAAGAAGGUCCCAAAAGAGGAAAGGGAGAUGGACCCAAAGCGAAUAAAGAAGGACCUCACCAAGGCCCUGCGCCUGCUGAAUCCCGGAGACCGCGUCAUGCUGAUAGGGACCACUAACCAACCGCACCUCGCCGAGAUGAAGGGGCUGCGCCGGACCUACGAACGGAUUCUCUUCAUGCCGCGGCCCGAUUACGCUUCUCGCUAUGUGCUCUGGAAGCACAUGCUGCACAUGGAGAGAAUCCACGUGACCCAGACCCACCUGGACAUCAGUGCCCUGGCCAGGGUGUCCGAUGGCUACACACCUGGUCACAUUCUCCAAGCCAUCCGACUGGUGCUCACCGAGCGGCGGCUCCUCCAAUUGUCCAGGCGGCCCCUGCUGGCCUCAGAGUUCCUAGCUCAUCUGGCGAAGCUGGAGCCAGUGUACAGGGAGGAGGAGGCAUCCCUAAAGGACUGGUACUUCAAGACCCCACUGGGCAUGAAGAAGAUCGAAUUUAACAAGGACCUGGAGGCUGAGGAGGCCAGGCUGGCAAAGGAGAAGAAAAAACGGAAGUGA